UUCAGAUGUCAUUCACUUUACACAAAACAUUCGAAAUAUUUUUAAUCUGUUGUCGUAAAAUGUCGCAUAAAAUUAAUAGUAACUAACAAAUAUAGCAAAUUGUAAACUUGUCUUCCUGAACUAAAUGUAGCCCUUCCCGGUGUAGAUAUCAGCAACACGUCAUCAAGUCCAGACAAAUAAGAACAUCAGCAUCCCAUUGCGAUAAAAAAAAGAAAAAGAAGAACGUCAACGGAAACGGAACGGAACGAGUGCUAAUUUCGCCGACGCGUCAUCAAUUCUGAAGAUAUAAGAAUAACAUAUCGCAAAAUGGCAGCUAUUGAUAUGAGUGGGAAUAUGCAAGUGCCUCAAGGGGUAACAGGUGGAGCUGGAGGAUCUGGUGGCAGAUUUAGUUUCGAUCUACAUAGUCUUCCCAAAUUGCAGAAUCUUCCAUCACCCUUGGAAAUCAUACAAAUUGUACGCAAAUCUCUACGCCCAUGGACUGUCUUCUUUAAUAUAAACAACUUCAAAUCAGCCGUCAGCAUGCAACGUCUCAACAAUCGUGUGAUGCGAAAUUUAUCCUAUUUCCAAAGCAAUUAUAUAUUCAUAUUCAUUGUCUUGAUGAUCUAUUGUUUAAUUACAUCGCCCCUCAUCUUGCUGGUUAUAGUGGGUGCCGCUUUCGGCUGUCAUAAGAUUAGAACUCGGAACACAAAUGUCACCGUGGCUGGCCAUCAAGUGACCCCAAAACAACAAAUAAUCGCUGUAAAUUUGAUUUCAGCCCCCAUACUCUUUCUAGUGGGUGCCGGAGCAGUCUUGUUUUGGACACUUGGUGCCUCGUGUUUCGUUAUCGCAAUGCAUGCAAUAUUCUACAACAUCGAUGCAAUUGUUACCGAGGAGAACGAAGGUUUUCUAUCUGAAGUUGUCUAACCAUUUACUCUCGAAUACAACGAAAAAAUAUGGAGCAAGAUAUUUGCCACACAGGGGCCUUAUUAGUUGAUAAAACCGAAAAAAAUGAAUAAAUAUAUACACAUAUAUUUAUCUACCAUAGCCAGUUGAGUUUUAGCGCCGAUUGAGAUCUAGAUAUUAAUAAAUCGACAACAACACAAAAAAA